AUGCGUAUACCAUCUAUUGUAUUCCUCCUUGCCGUCGCAUAUCUUGCCAACGCGUCUCCAAGGUACAAUCCCGAGGCCAAUGAAAUCUCGCGAAAACAUUUGGGAACGUUCGAGUUGAAUAUCAGAAGGGGUCUCGGCGAUAUGAUCUACAAAUUUUUCAACAAUCAUUCAGCACUUUUCUCAGCAUUUCCACCGGAUAGAAUUUUCAAGAUGACGCUAUCGACCAUGAAUUCCUUCGACAACCUUCUUCCUAUUCUUCUAUUUCUGGUGAAUUUGGCAACAUGCCAAUAUUACUAUACUUAUAACGGCGGUUUGGAUCCGUAUCCGUUGUAUUUCGGACAUCAAACUGGAAAUUCGUACGGAAAUUCGUACUUGGGCAGCGAUCUUGGCGGAGUUUAUCUAUUCUGCAAUGGGAUUGGAUGCCCUGGAAGAGGAUAA